AUGGCAUCAGACAUAGCGAAGGUUUGCAAACUGAUUUUCAGGGUUGGGCUGGUCUUCAUGUGUUUGUUAACCUUGAGGACUAGGUUGGAUAAAGAGGUCCGCGAUGGGCGAGUACGCGGGUGCCACACGCUCCUCGCCUUCUGCUGCCUGCAACUGGUGGCAGCGCUGGAGCAGCAGAUCUUUGACUUCCAGGGCCGCCUACCAGUGAGCUCCCACCCUAGCCAAUUUCCUGCGCCUCGAGGCGCUCACCCUGGGCAUCGUGGGCACCGCAGUGUGGCUGACGCUCCGGGCUGGCCUGACUGCGUUUAUCACCUGCUUCUACCCGAAGGCUGGACCCAAUAUCCCCAGACCGCGACUUCCCCACAGCGUCCAAAUGCCCCUGUACCGAUCCAGGGAUGGAGAAUCGCCGGGCGGCGGGCGACUCCGGUUCUGAACUUCCCCUGGCCAUGGGGGGCUGCCGUGCAGUCUUGUCCCUCGCUGCCUGCUGCACUGUCCCUGCAAAGAAGCCCUCAGCAGCGCCCGCAGAUCCUCCUGGCGCUGCUCCACUUCCUGUUCGCCAGCUGUGGGAGCAAAGUCUUCCUGAAGGAGGAGGCAGCUUUGACUUCAUCAGCGGCUUCCACUCCUAGGGAUGCCAGGCGCCCCAGAAGACGUCCCGUUGACACCAGCAGCCUCUAUGCGCUUCGGGUAGCCCUGCCCUGCCUGCCCUGGCCCUGUGCCCUUGGCGCUGGACAGACCUCGGCAGCCGCGAUCUUGGUCAGGACCAGCGGGCACAGCCCUGGGGGCUCGGGACCCACUGCAGCCUGUGAAGGCCCCAUGGCUCUGCACACAGAGAGGCGGAGCAGCAGACUUUGGGACUUGGCCCUUCACAACCAGGACUUCAGAGAGGAAUGGGGCGGGCCCCUCACUACAUUCACACAUCACCGCUUGCCAAGACCUCUCCUCAACAACCAUCUUAUCAAAGGUGUGGUGUCAGCACAGCGGCAGGUCACCGUUCAGGAAGGACCCUUGUACCGCACGGAGGGCUCCCACAUCACUAUCUGGUGCAAUGUGAGUGGCUACCAGGGACCUUCUGAGCAGAAUUUCCAGUGGUCCAUUUACCUGCCUUCGUCGCCAGAGCGAGAGGUGCAGAUCGUCAGCACCAUGGACUCUUCCUUCCCCUAUGCCAUCUACACCCAACGCAUCCGCGAAGGGAAGAUCUUCAUAGAAAGAGUCCAGGGGAACCCAACCCUAUUGCACAUCACAGAUCUUCAGGCCCGGGAUGCCGGAGAAUAUGAAUGCCACACACCCAGCACCGAUAAGCAAUACUUUGGGAUUUACAGUGCAAAGAUGAACCUAGUGGUGAUCCCAGACUCCCUGCAGACCACUGCCAUGCCCCAGACUCUGCACAGAGUGGAGCAGGACCCACUGGAGCUCACUUGUGAGGUGGCCUCGGAGACCGUUCAGCACAGCCACCUGUCUGUGGCCUGGCUCUGGCAGAAAGUUGGCGAGAAGCCCGUGGAGGUCAUCUCCCUGAGCCGAGAUUUCAUGCUUCACUCCGGCAGCGAAUAUGCCCAGAGGCAGAGCCUGGGGGAGGUGCUGCUGGACAAGCUGGGGAGGACCACCUUCCGCCUCACCAUCUUCCACCUGCAGCCUUCUGACCAGGGCGAGUUCUACUGCGAGGCCGCCGAGUGGAUCCAGGAUCCGGAUGGGUCAUGGUAUGCUAUGACCCGAAAGCGUUCCGAGGGAGCCGUGGUCAACAUCCAGCCAACUGACAAAGAAUUCACUGUUCGGCUGGAAACAGAGAAGCGGCUGCACACGGUGGGCGAGCCGGUGGAGUUCAGAUGCAUCCUGGAGGCUCAGAAUGUUCCCGACCGUUACUUUGCUGUCCCCUGGGCCUUCAACAGCUCGCUCAUCGCCACCAUAGGCCCUAACGCUGUGCCUGUCCUCAACAGCGAAUUUGCUCACCGGGAAGCCAGGGGACAGCUUAACGUGGCCAAAGAGAGCGACAGUGUCUUUGUGCUGAAGAUCUACCACCUCCGCCAGGAAGAUAGAGGGAAAUACAACUGCUGGGUGACUGAGCGAGAGAAAACCGUGACGGGGGAAUUCAUUGAUAAGGAGAGCAAGCGUCCCAAGAACAUCCCCAUCAUAGUCCUUUCCCUCGCAGAUAACUGGGUAGUUAAAAUCCCCCAGCACCACCAGAUCCUGUCCCAAGGCCACUUGGAGAGCAGCAUCUCCGUGGAGGUGGCCAGCAAUGCCAGCGUCAUCCUUGAGGGCAAGGACCUGCGCUUCUCCUGCAGCGUCCGCAUGGCAGACAGGCUGCAGGGUCGCUUCUCUGUCAUCUGGCAGCUUGUGGACAGGCAGAACCGCCGCAGCAAUAUCGUGUGGCUAGACCGGGAUGGCAACGUGCAGCCAGGCUCGUCCUACUGGGAGCGCAGCAGCUUUGGGAGCGUCCAGAUGGAGCAGGUGCAGCCCAACUCAUUCAGCCUGGGCAUCUUCAACAGCAGGAAGGAGGACAAGGGCCAGUAUGAAUGCCAUGUGACUGAAUGGGUGCGGGUGGUGGAUGGCGAGUGGCAGAUUGUUGGGGAGUGCCGGGCCAGCAUUCCCAUCUCCAUCAUAGCUCUUGAAAUGGGCUUCGCAGUCACAGCCAUCUCCUGGACACCGGGGGUGACCUACAGCGACUCCUUUGACUUGCAGUGUAUCAUCAAACCCCACUACCCUGCCCAGGUCCCCGUGUCAGUGACAUGGCGGUUCCAGCCGGUGGGCACGGUGGAGUUCCAUGACUUGGUGACCUUCACCCGGGACAGAGGGGUCCAGUGGGGGAACAGGUCCUCCAGUUUCCGAACCCGAACUGCCACCGAGAAGGCUGAGUCCAGCAACAACGUCCGCCUAAGCAUCAGCCGAGCCAGUGACACGGAAGCAGGCAAGUACCAGUGUGUGGCAGAGCUGUGGCGGAAGAACUACAACAACACCUGGACACAACUGGCAGAGAGGACCUCCAGCCUGCUGGUGAUCAGGCUGCUGCAGCCAGUGACAAAGCUGCAGGUGAGCAAAUCGAAGAGGACCCUCACCCUGGUGGAAAACAAGCCCAUUCAGCUGAACUGCUCAGUCAAGUCUCAGACCAGCCAGAACUCCCACUUUGCGGUGCUCUGGUAUGUCCACAAGCCCUCAGAUGCCAACGGCAAGCUUAUCCUGAAGACCGCCCACAACUCCGCCUUCGAAUAUGGUACUUACGUGGAGGAGGAAGGCCUGAGAGCCAGGCUUCAGUUUGAGAGGCAUGUGUCGGGGGGCCUGUUCAGCCUCACCGUCCAGAGAGCCGAGGUCAGCGACAGCGGCAGCUACUACUGCCACUUGGAGGAGUGGCUGCUGAGCCCCAACUACGCCUGGUACAAGCUGGCAGAGGAGGUUUCUGGGUGCACAGAAGUCACUGUGAAACAGCCAGCGGGUGCAGCCCAGAACUGUCUUCUGAGGAAGAGGUGCUCUCCUGGGCCCCCACUGUCCCCAGGCCUCAGCAAGGCAAGUGAGGUGCUGCCGUCAUCCAGGCUGGACAGUUCAGUGAUUUGCCUGAGGCCCCACAGCAGAGUUCAACAGGAGACAGAGAAACCAGCCAGAGGCAGAGGGAGGUAAGACGGAGUCCCCCAGAAAGGUCUGGGCUGCACGUGCUUCAGGUAACCUCCCUUGACCUUCACGAGAACGAGAAGGCUGCCUGAUCAGAGAGUCUCUGAAGAAGAUCCUGUGGCUACAGGCUUCAGCAGCAUGUGAGGGAGACCCCAGUUAUUUCCUCAGGUGUUUCCACCAAAUCCUCCUGUCUUUCAUGGCCAACAUCCCAGGCAAGGCUUGGGGCCCCCGUCUGCUGCUGGACGCAGAGCCAUGAAGAAGAAGUUAGUGGUGCUGGGCCUGCUGGCCGUGGUCCUGGUGCUGUUCAUUGUCGUCCUCUGUCUCUGGC